AUGUCAGGUCAUAUUCAAACAAGAACAAUUAUUGUAGUUACUAUUGUUAUUAUAUUAACAUUAAUCUAUUAUCAAAAAUGUAAAAAUAAGAAUAAUCUUUCAAAUUCUAGUCAUUCAAAUGAUUUAUUUAAAUGUUUAAAUGAACUAAAUGAACUUCGUCAUGAAUUUAAUGAUUUAAAAAAAGAAUUCUAUGACAUUAAACAAAUAUUUUCAUUUUUCAACUUAAUAAUCUUAUUCAUACAAACAAUAUUUUCUUAUUUAAGAUAUCUAUCAUCAUUUAUUCUUUAUGCAUUUAUUCUUUAUUUAUUUCAGUCAUCUAUUUCAAAUAGAUCAACAAUACAAACUAUUAAAUUAUUACAUAUUGUAAAUAUAAUAUCAUAUUCAUUGAUAUCGAUAUUUUAUACAUCACUUAAACAUUUUCAGUAUUCAAACUUAGCUUGGCUACUUUUUGUUUUAUUAUGUAUUCGUUUUUGUGUUCGUUAA